UCCUCCAACCGAUAAGGCCGUAGCAGCUCUCACCAGAAAGCGCAGGGACACGGCGUUCAUCAAUUGAUCGCCAUAGUAUUCUAUUCUCAGCCGGUCUUUGCUUUGUCCAGGGUUUGGGGUUUAUCACUCUCUAUUCGGGACGCCCGCCCUUUUUUUUUUUUUUUUUUUUUCACUCUUUCUUCACCUUGCUUUUCAUACAUUUCUCAAGAUUUCUUACGCAUUUGGCUGCGAUGGCGUCCCAACUCAUUCGCGAAUGGACGGGGAUUCAACAGUUCCCAGCUGCCACUCAGACCAAGUUGCUUGAAUUGCUUGGCAAACUCAAGCAGGAGAAUGUCAGCACCUUGACAAUCCUCGUUAUGGGGAAGGGAGGCAUAGGAAAAUCGUCCACUGUUAAUUCAAUUAUAGGGGAGAGGGCUGUUGCCGUCAGCGCUUUCCAGUCAGAAAUUCCACGACCUGUGAUGGUUUCACGCUCAACGGCUGGUUUUACGCUCAAUGUCAUUGACACUCCUGGGCUCAUAGAAGGGGGAUAUGUUAAUGACCAGACUCUUGAGAAUAUAAAGCGCUUCCUUGUGAACAAGACCAUAGACAUUCUCCUCUAUGUGGACCGAUUGGAUACAUAUAGGGUGGAUAACUUGGACAAGCAGGUCGUUAAGGCUGUUACAGAGAGUUUUGGUAAAGAGAUAUGGAAAAGAGCCUUGGUUGUCCUAACGCAUGCUCAGCUUUUGCCACCGGAUGGCCUGGAAUAUGAUGUUUUCUUCACUGGAAGAUCAGAGGCCCUUCUUAAAGUUGUUCGAUCUGGAGCCAAGAUAAAGAAGCAAGAUACUUGGGGCGAUGCCAUUCCUGUUGCCUUGGUUGAGAACAGUGGGAGAUGUAAUAAGAAUGAAAACAUUGAAAAGGUUCUUCCUUGUGGAACAGCUUGGAUUCCCAAUUUAGUUAAAACAAUCACAGAGGUCGCGUUAAAUGGAAGCAAACCUAUAUUGGUAAACAAGAAGCUGAUUGAAGGGCCAAAUCCUGAUAGGAGAUGGAAAGAAUUUAUACCAUUAGUUUUUGCAUUCCAAUACUUCUUCAUCAUUAAACCUCUACAACGGGCAAUCAAGAAUGAUAUGGCAAGGGAGACAAGACCAGCAUGGGAGCUAAGGGACACUGGGUUGUCUAGUCGAAAGUUUUAAUCAACUAUAACGAUCAAUGUGCAGACCGGAAUGCAGUAGAAUGAUGGUAAAGCUCAAUAGAAGAUGGAACUCGAUCAAGCAAAAUAUGUCGCUAUCUUACAUGACUGGCUCGACAUGUAUGCUCGUGCAUGAGUCCUGCCAGUAUUCACAAUGAGGCUGUCAGUGGGUUUUCAACAGAUGGCUAGUUCUGUGAUGUUUGUCUGAAUUGUGGGACAAAAGCAAAAGAUAUCAGAUACCCCUGGUUUUGUAGCUAUAACGUGCUCCAUGAAAUGUUCAUUCAUUAAGAAGACCGGUUAAGUUGGAACAGAGCUGCCAGAGCAUCAGCUUUUUUACAGGCUUUCCACUUUGUGAAUCGAUGGAAGAGGCUCUUGAGAGAUUGAAUUUUUCGGGAGAGUGCUCUACCAUGUAUUCUUGUAUACUCAGAUAACCAUUGCAAUUCAUUCACCUUUAUCUGUAAGUUACAUUUUUUCGCCUCAGGGUUCUUGACUAUAGGAGAUCUGUGUGUUUCGCCCAUUU